AUGCAACGUUGCGCAGCAACAAGUGUUCGGCGUAUUAAAGCCACAACCACUCGUAACCGCCUUCAUACGCGUACGUCUGAAGCAAUAAUACAAUCUGUUGUUCCGAAAUUUACUGAAGGAGCUCGUCGAAUUCCUGAUCACUUUUUCAAACUUCAGUUUACUUUCGAUUAUACGAAGAACCCGAACAAAUCGUUAGUGAUCUUAGGGUUCUCCAAAUCCUGCAAUCUGGAAUCAAUUGAACUAGAAGAUGGUUCUGAACUUUUGCAGGAUGAUAUUGAUAAUUUCCAAGAAUCUACAGAUCCAUCUCCAAGACAUUCUCUACCUCAUGUACUUGUGGCAUCCUUAGUCUCAUUCUUAUUUGGUUACCAUCUCGGGGUAGUGAAUGAACCGCUUGAAAGCAUUUCUCAUGAUCUUGGUUUCAGUGGGGAUAGCUUAGCUGAAGGUCUGGUGGUUAGUACGUGUCUUGGUGGUGCCUUUAUUGGGUCUCUGUUCAGUGGUUGGAUUGCUGAUGGAUUUGGGCGCCGAAGGGCUUUUCAGUUGUGUGCUUUGCCUAUGAUCAUCGGUGCUUCUUGUAGUGCAACAACAAACACAUUGACAGGGAUGCUAAUUGGGAGGUUUAUUGUUGGAAUUGGAUUGGGUAUUGGUCCACCUGUUGCAUCUCUCUAUAUCACAGAGGUUUCACCUCCUGCUGUGCGUGGUACUUAUGGAAGCUUCAUUCAAAUUUCAACAUGUUUAGGGUUGAUGGGAGCUCUUUUAAUCGGGAUUCCUGUAAAGAGCAUCUCAGGCUGGUGGCGUAUCUGCUUUUGGUUAUCUACAAUUCCAUCCACAAUACUUGCUCUUGCUAUGAUAUUCUGUGCAGAAAGUCCACAUUGGCUUUACAAGAGAGGAAGAAAUGCUGAAGCAGAGGUGGAGUUCCAGAAACUUGUAGGAGCAGCAAAUGUCAGAUCAGCAAUGGCAGAGCUCUUGAAGUCGGACAGAGGGGACGAGAAUGACACUGUUGGGAUUUCAGAACUGUUUUAUGGGCGCUAUUUUAGAGUUGUUUUUAUUGGGUCAACCCUGUUUGCUUUACAACAGCUAUCUGGAAUAAAUGCCGUGUUUUAUUUCUCUUCAACUGUAUUCAGAAGUGCGGGAGUUUCAUCAAACCUAGCUAAUGCCUUUGUGGGGAUUGUCAACCUUUUGGGAUCUGUCAUUGCCUUGCUUCUCAUGGAUAAACUUGGGAGGAAGGUUCUCCUUCUUUGGAGCUUCUUUGGCAUGGCUAUAUCUACAGUCCUUCAAGUAAUUGCAGCAGGCCUGUUUGCAUCCACAUCUGGAGCUCUAUACCUCUCUGUCAGUGGCAUGCUAUUGUUUGUGUUUUCAUUUGCAAUUGGAGCGGGUCCCGUUCCAGGUCUCCUCCUGUCAGAAAUCUUCCCAAACCGUAUAAGAGCAAAAGCAAUGGCCUUUUGCAUGUCAGUGCAUUGGGUGUUCAAUUUUAUGGUGGGAUUAUUAUUCCUACGUUUGUUGGAGUUGAUGGGUGCACAACUGCUAUACUCGAUGUUGGGUACUUUUUGUUUGGUGGGAGUGGCCUUCGUGAAAAGGAAUGUUAUGGAAACAAAAGGAAAAACACUUCAAGAAAUUGAGAUUGCGCUUUUGCCACAAGAGUAUAGUGAAAUCUGAUUGAUUGGUUUAUGUUGUUAGAGUAAAUGUAAACCCGUGAUGCUAAUAGUUGAUAGCAGAGGAGAUCAAAUAUGAUGUGAUGUGUGUAAAGUAAAAUAACACGACUAGACUAUGUAUGUUUGUAUUUUAUGAUAUGAUAUAAUGUGAACUCUUCUUGAAG